CAGAAGGAUUUUCUUUUCUGAUCAAAUCUAAUUGGUGGUCUAUACUCUUCUUGUAUGUUUAUAGGUAUCUCUUUUUUAGAUUGAGGAAAUUUUCUUCUAUGAGACCCACAUCACUGAGACAAAAUCUUCUAGGAAGUAAUUCUUUAGAGUCAACAUAAAGAAGCUAUAGUCUAGAGUCAGCCAAAGUUGUAUCUAGUGCUGGCAGCUGAACUUGGUAAUAUGUAAGAGUAGAGCUAAGGUUUUUAUUUUGUUUUGUUUUGUUUUAUAGUGCUCUAAAUUUUGAUGACAUAAAGGAGUCAUGGAGAUAGGAUAAAGCUGUUUGGUAGGGAUAGAGUCCCUGAAAAGAGGCCAGAAGAGGCCAUUAGUGAAGGCACAACGUCAUUCAAAGUAGAAGCCCCAAGACUGAAGGGCUUAUGGAGAAUAGUUGAGGCUCUUACCAUAUAAUAGGGUCAGAGUCCCUGAAGAAAGCCUAGGAGAUGCUAUUGGUGAAGGUGCAAUCCUGUUGCAGUAAAGACUCUAACAUUUUGUAGAUGUCAGUACCAUGAGAAGGCCACCAAGGACAACAGCAGCUGUAGUAUGGAACUGAUCUGAACCUAAGAGAUGUUUUAUGUGUGCUGUAGAGGACAGAGCCCAAGAAGUGGACCAAGCUCUUUGGACAAGCCUAGAAUAUGGCCAAAGGAGCAUUGCAGAAGUGGAGGCAGAAAGACUGUAUGAGCCAGAGAGUCGGGGAAGUGCUAUGGAACCGUGCCUGGGGAACAUAACGUAUAAAUAGCAGCUGCAACAAACUGCAUAAAGCUUUCAUAUACACAGCUGGGAAGAAGGGGGACAACAAUAAUGGGAAGAGACAGGAGCUGUCUUCCGAGAGGCUUCAUCCAUCAGCUGAUGGAAACAGAUGUAGAUACCCACAGCCAAACAAUAGGUGGAGCUCCAGAAGUCUUGAUGAAGAAUGAGGGGAAGGAUUGAGAAAUCCAGAGGCAUCAAAAACACCACAGGGAGACCUACAGAGUAAACUAACCUGGGCCAAUGGGCACUCCCAGAGACUGAACCACCAACCAAAGGGCAUGCAUGGGCUGGGCCUAGGCUUCCUACACAUGUGUAGCAGAUAUGCAACUUGGUCAACAGGUCUUUGUCACCAUCAAAGAAAGAAUUUGGAGACAGGACAAGAUAAGGAAUUGAAAACGAAUAUACUUAAGGGAAUGCUGUCAGAAGGGUAUCUCAGUGGACUUGCCUACUGGAAUGACAUUCAUUGGAAUUGUGCAUCUUAUAAUGAAGCAGUGUCUGGGGAACAGGCCAAGGCAACAAAUUCUGUUGCUGCUCUUUCGUAUUCCUCUGUGGAUGAAACACAAGUUCAAAGUCUAUAUGUGAGCUGCAAAUCCUCUGGGAAGUUUAUUUCAUCAGUGCAUGCAAGAGGAAGUCAGCACAGCAGAAGGCAGAGUAUAACAGUGCUGCAGGCAAACCCCAACCCUGUGUAUGAAAGUCCAACCUUGGCUGCAGUUGACAUAUGCAGAGAUGUAAUCAGGGAGACAUACUUGGUUCCACCUUCUUGCAAAAGUAUUUGCAAAAAUUACAAUGACUUACAUAUUGCAGGGGACCAGGUGAUGGCCAUCAACUCAGUAAUGGCAGAUUUUCCCUCGGAGAGCAGCUUUGAAGAUGGCCCUUUACUGAAGUCAUCUGAGAUUCCUUUGUCCAUGGAGGAUUCCAUUUCUACACAGCCCACUGAAUUUCCCCUCAAACCUAUCCAGCGGUACUCAUCCUAUUGGAGAAUAACCAGCAUCAAAGAGAAAAGCAGUUUGCAAAUGCAGAAGCCUAUUUCAAAUGCAGUGCUCAACGAGUACCUAGAGCAGAAGGUGGUGGAGCUAUAUAAGCAGUACAUUAUGGACACCGAGUUUCAUGACAAUUCUCCUACCCAGAUUCUGGCAUCAGAACUCAUCAUGACAAAUGUGGACCAUAUUAGUCUUCAAGUGUCCAGAGAGAAGAACCUGGACACGUCAAGAGUCAAGGACAUAGUUAUUAGCCACCUGUUGCAGUUGGUGUCUUCUGAGAUCAGCACACCUAGUCUCCAUAUUUCUCAGUAUAGCAAUAUAACUCCAUAGGGGAGAUUCCUGUCAAUUCCUCCCAUUUCUACCAAUCCCAAAGGAGUAAAUUUUUCAUGUAUUUAGAGAAGGUGAGGGAGGGAAUUAUGAGAGGGAAUUAAGGACUAGUAAAGGAGAGUUUGAGAAAUAUCAUACUACUGUGUGUACUGAAGGAAAACAGGAAGAGGGACCACGAGGAAUGGUUUUAAGGGCAAGUUUAUACAGAAUCAGAGCAAAAAUAAAAAUGAUCACAGACAGACAGAAGUUAUUGUAAUUUAAUCAUAGGAGUACUGAAAUAGGAAGAUAAACCAAAUUAGGAUCAAAAGGAAAUGCUAUGGCCAAACUAAAAACCCAAAGGAUUUGAGAAUUGGGUAUUAAACACAUGUUUCUUAUUCAUAUAAAUUCCUCUAGGUUGUUUCUUCUGGAAAGAAAUGUAAUACAAAAAGGUUGUUAAAUUUGGGUGGACUGACAUUUUUCCAAGCAUAUUUUUCUCUAUU